AUGACGGCGAUGGACGGCGCGUUGGCCGCGACGGACCGCUGGUCCUUUGUCAUGGGAUGGGUUUCCAUUGCGUGCUGGGUAAUUGUCUACACUCCUCAAAUGCAGGAAAACUAUGUGCUGAAGUCAACGGAGGGCAUUUCGAUCUGGUUCAUUCUCAUUUGGUUGGGGGGUGAUGCGUUCAACUUGGUGGGUGGCCUGCGCCAGGAGGUGCUGCCGACGAUGAUUGGCCUGGCCGCGUACUACUGCUUCUGUGAUAUGGUGCUGAUCUGGCAGUGGUGGUACUAUGGCACGUACUACCGCGAGGGCCAGCCGAUAGCGACGCGCGACGCGGAGCAAACGCCGUUCCUGCCGCACGCGUCACGCAGCACGACUCGGCGGUGGAUGCCCACGUGGGACGACGUCAUGGCCCUGCUUCCUUCGCAUCAUCUGACGCUGCUCAAGUACGCGCUGGCGCUGUCGUUCGUGCUCGUGACGGCCGUCGCCGCCUACGUGGCGGCCGACAGCCACCCACCGUCUUCCGACCCAGGGCCCGGUAUGCGCUGGGAUGCGCAGCUGCUUGGAUGGCUCAGUGCGCUGCUCUACCUAUCAUCGCGCAUCCCGCAGAUCUUGAAAAACCGCCACACCAAGUGUGCCGGACUGAGCUUGGCGCUCUUCAUCUUUGCGGUCGGUGGCAAUGUGACGUACGUGCUCUCGAUCCUGCUCAAGGACACGUCCGUGCCCUACCUCGUCGAAAACAUGAGCUGGAUUGUCGGAAGCGUCGGCACCAUCUUCUUGGACGGCAUCGUGUUCUACCAGUUUGUCCGGUACGCGCCGGAGCGAGCUGCCCUCGAGGCGGCGUCAUACCCAUAG